UUUUCCAAUCCAUGUGUAGGCGAAUCACAUGUGAAGAAAGCGUCGAUCGUCAUGUCUCUGCUGUAGCAGAGCUUCGCGCAAGAUUCCUUUUGCCUCUGCCCCGAUUUGUUUUGACAGCUGCUUGUUUUCUUUUCCGCACACGCCUUUACCGAAGAAUGAGCGAAAACGAUGACAUCGAAGUCGACAGCGAUGCAGACAAGCGAGCACAUCACAACGCGCUGGAGCGCAAACGCAGGGACCACAUUAAAGACAGCUUUCACAGUUUACGAGACUCUGUGCCUGCACUGCAAGGAGAAAAGGUGGGGAUCGAAAACUCUGUUAAACAGGCUUCCCGAGCACAGAUUCUUGACAAAGCCACCGAGUACAUCCAGUACAUGAGACGAAAAAACCACACUCACCAGCAAGACAUUGAUGACUUAAAGAAGCAGAAUGCACUGCUGGAGCAGCAGGUUCGAGCUCUGGAGAAGGCCAAGGGGAACAAUCAGCUCCAAACCAACUACUCCUCUGACAGCAGCUUAUACACAAACCGCAAAGGCAGCGCGGUAUCGGCCUUCGACGGCGGCUCCGACUCCAGCUCGGAAUCAGAGCCUGAAGAGCCACCCAACAGGAAAAGGCUGCGCGUGGAGCCUAGCUAGAUUUUCCAACAGACUUGUUUUGGUUUUGUUUUUUGCCCACCAGCCUGAAACUCCUCUUAGCUGUGUGCAUUCAGCCCUGCCUUCUUCUUACGUUAGUCAGGAGUCGAGGUGGAGACUGUGUGAAAGAGGUGCUAUAUUGUGUAUCAAAUGCUUCGACCUUUCUAAGCAUCCUGUCAUCCCUCCUCUCCUCUUGUCCUAGCGUGCUCCCCCUUCCUCCUCCCUCCCAAAGUGAGGCAGCUCUGCAGUUUUGAAGGACUUGAUGCUUUUCAAACCUCACAAUGACGUUCUUUAACGAAUGUGGAGAUGAAAAGGUACGAGGCGUUAAGUCGGACAACCACUGCAAUUUUUGGGAGGCGUUGCUUUGAAAAAAAUGGCAAUUGGAAAUAGUUUACCUUUUGAAUAUUAAUACUUUUUUCAGAAGAAUGUGAUGUUAUGCAAAAUGCGACUCUCUUUACUCAUUGUAGAUGGCUAAGGUUUUGUGUUUUGAAAAUGUUUGUGAAAUUAAUUGAAUCCCUUAUUUAUAGUGGUCCACCAAAAUUGAUGUCAGUUAUGUUUGGCUUGAGAUUUUCCAACACAGGUGGAGUUCUUGUUUUAUUGCGACUAGUUAAUCUAUUUAUUUUUUCCUCUAUUUUUAUUACUAUCAGACAGAAUGAGAGAGUAUAAAAAAAUAAUUACCUAAUCGAUACUGAAUGUUACACAAUGCAGUUAACUUUAUUUUUAUGAAUGGACUCUUGGCUCAAUGUUUAGCAUAUAAUCUAAUCCUAAAUGGUGUCAGUUUUGCUAAGAAAAAAACUUCCCUGGAAAUAUUUGCUUGUGCUGGGAAUGUUUCUUUCUCUAUUUUUCCUUUUCUCAGAGGUAAACAACUAGUGUGUAUGUAAUCAAUUUUUGUUCCAUUCCGUGGAAAUUACAGGUAUGUUGUACAUACUGCCAACAGGUGUCUUGCAAGUUAAGACAUACCUUUAUUAUGACAAUAAAUAAAACUUUUAUCCUUA